AACAAAGAGAGUGUGAGAACAAAGCCGCUGCGCUUGCCCGUGCAAUCGACCUUGCAGAAUCGUCGUUCAUCGAGAAAUGACCACAAAUUUCCGCCCGUGCGCCAUGAAUUACCGUUUCAUCGCUCGACACCAAAAAUGGCUUUCUCGAAUUCCGUUUCAUCCAUGAUCGGAGUGUUCGUUGCAAAUGUUUGUGGAAAAUCGACGUUCUCCUCCAAUGCAGCCGUUCUUGUUGAUCGCCGAGCAGUUUUCCGGCACCGCCGGCGUAAUUACGGCCUUUCGUUGUCUCUCCAGCCCUAGAAUUUGACGAACGCAGAGAUUUAUUCUUUGCGAUCAUGGAGAAACCCGACGCCGAGAUAAGAACUUAUUGAAAUGAAGAAAUUGGUUUAUUCUAUCUUCUCCGGCAGCUUGAUGGUCAAAAAAAUCGCCGUUCUUCUUCUUAUUCUGUGCAUCAUUUGGUACACUCUUUUCUCCAAUUCCUCUGUUGCUGAUUUAUUUCUCGGAAAUGAGUUUCAAUUAUCAUGAGUAUUUUUCCUGCAACUUCAGCUAGGUUCAUUGGUUUCGCUCUCCUUCGGGAUUUUUACGAAAUUUGGCAUGAAUAUCUUCGGUGAAAUAAUCAUAUCAAAUUUAGAACUAAACACAUGUCACCAUUUCAUAGGUGCAUGAAUAUCUUCAGUGAAAUAAUUAUAUCAUUUUUGUCUGUUGGUUGGAUUUUGGAAUGCGUUUAUCUGAGCUUUCUUUAUCACUUAUCCAUUAUCGGUUUGUUGAAACUUCCCUGCCUACCAAUUCAUUUGCUUUACAGUAAAGUAAAGCAGAAAGAUCAAAUGAUAUAUGCUGUUAAGAUUGAGUGGCUGUUGCAUCGCAGGAAGCUGAUUUGAUUUCAAGACACAAGGUAUGUCAACCACGAAGAUAUACGUUGUGUACUAUUCCCUACAUGGCCAUGUUGGAACUAUGGCAAGGAAAAUUCAACAGGGAGCUAAUUCAGUUGAAGGUGUUGAGGCAACUCUGUGGCAGGUGCCUGAGACACUGUCUGAUGUGAUACUGAACAAGAUGAAAGCUCCUCCAAAAGCAGAUGAUGUGCAAGAGAUCAGGCCGGAACAACUGCUGGAAGCAGACGGUUUUCUCUUCGGAUUUCCAUCUCGAUUCGGUGUCAUGGCUGCUCAAUUCAAGGCAUUCUUUGAUGCAACAAGUGAGAUAUGGCAGUCCCAAGCACUUGCUGGUAAACCUGCCGGAAUUUUCUGGAGUACUGGCUUUCAUGGCGGAGGCCAGGAACUUACAGCGUUGACGGCUAUAACGCAGCUAGCACAUCAUGGAAUGAUAUUUGUGCCUGUUGGGUACACAUUUGGGAGUGGGAUGAUGGAGAUGAGUGAGGUGAAGGGCGGGUCUCCCUAUGGAGCUGGAACUUAUGCAGCUGAUGGAACUCGACAGCCCACCGAGCUGGAGCUCCAACAGGCCUUUUACCAAGGCAAGUAUGUUGCUGAAUUAACCAAGAAGCUCAAAAACUAACCUAUACUUCCUUUUCAACAUGUUUCUUUCCUAUCUCUACUUCCCAUUUGUUUAUAAUUAUAAUUAUAAAGGUUAAUAAAUAAAAAGUUACUGGAGAUUAUGUAUAAUAAUGUUGCUGAUACAAAAGCCGCUCUCCCUGCCUACUUACCUGUUUUAUUCUAGGUCAAGUUACAAGUUUAGUCCGUACAAUUUCAGAGUUGGUUUAGUUUAAUAA